GCCUCUCGACAGCCCAAGCACCCCGCUCCCCAAUUCUAGCAGCAUGUGGAACGCUACCCCGAGCGCCGCUGAAUCGGUACCCAACUUCACACUGCCCGAGCCCGACUGGGACGCGGCCGACAACAACGCGUCGCUGUCGGACGGGCUGUUGCAUCUCUUCCCCGCGCCGCUCCUGGCCGGGGUGACGGCCACCUGCGUGGCGCUCUUCGUGGUGGGCAUCGCGGGCAACCUGCUCACCAUGCUGGUGGUGUCGCGUUUCCGCGAGCUGCGUACCACCACCAACCUCUACCUGUCCAGCAUGGCCUUCUCCGACCUGCUCAUCUUCCUCUGCAUGCCGCUCGACCUGGUGCGCCUCUGGCAGUACCGACCCUGGAACUUGGGCGACCUGCUCUGCAAACUCUUCCAGUUCGUGAGCGAGAGCUGCACCUACGCCACGGUGCUCACCAUCACCGCGCUCAGCGUCGAGCGCUACUUCGCCAUCUGCUUCCCGCUGCGGGCCAAAGUGGUGGUCACCAAGGGCCGGGUGAAGCUGGUCAUCCUGGUCAUCUGGGCCGUGGCCUUCUGCAGCGCCGGGCCCAUCUUCAUGCUGGUCGGGGUGGAACACGAGAACGGCACAGACCCCCGGGACACCAACGAGUGCCGCGCCACCGAGUUUGCCGUGCGCUCGGGGCUCCUCACCGUCAUGGUCUGGGUGUCCAGCGUGUUCUUUUUCCUGCCCGUCUUCUGCCUCACCGUCCUUUACAGCCUUAUCAGCAGGAAGCUGUGGCGCCGAGGGCGCGGAGAAGCAGCGGUGGGCACCUCUCUCCGAGACCAGAACCACAAGCAAACUGUGAAGAUGCUGGCUGUCGUGGUAUUUGCUUUCAUCCUAUGCUGGUUGCCCUUCCAUGUAGGACGAUAUUUAUUUUCCAAAUCCUUUGAACCUGGUUCCCUGGAGAUUGCUCAGAUCAGCCAAUACUGCAACCUGGUAUCUUUUGUCCUCUUCUACCUCAGUGCAGCCAUCAACCCCAUUCUGUACAACAUCAUGUCAAAGAAGUACCGGGUGGCAGUGUUCAAACUUCUGGGACUUGAACCUUUCUCCCAGAGGAAGCUUUCCACGCUGAAGGAUGAAAGUUCUCGUGCUUGGAUAGAAUCUAGUAUUAAUACAUGA